UGUGUGGAAUUCCAAUUAUUCUGGUAAUGUUCUCACGACAGCUUUCUACCCUGCGAGGCUGCUUAUUGCAGGAGAGGAAUUCCAAUAAUUCUGCUGCUGCAAUCAAAAUAUUGGAAAACAAAAUCAUAAACUUCGCACUCAAAACUGAACAUGACCUCCAAAUACAACUAAAUAACUUCCUUCUAGCCAAACACACCAUACAUCAAGAAGAAGCAUCCCAGAAACUCAAUCACACCUUGCAAGAAGCGUCAGAAAGUGCAAGAGAGUUGUUGAAAAUAAUCGAAAGUAGAAGCAGCAAUGAAGUUGAUGAUGAUGAUGAGGCAAAUCAAACUCAACCAUCAAAUACUUGGUUAAAACAUGCUAGUGUUGCGAAUGUUGAAUCUGAUGGAUCCACCUCACAUGGCUUUCUAAAGCCUGAGGGCAGAAUGGUUGGUCGUCACAGUGAUUGUACAGUCAUAAAGAACCAACUCUUUUCUUGCGGUCCUGGACUAAAGAUAAUCUCAAUUGUUGGAAUGGUGGGUAUUGGAAAGACGACUUUAGCAAGAAAUGUGUAUGAAGAUCCAUCAGUUGCAUCCUAUUUCGAUGCAAGAGGUUGGGUUACUAUACCUCCUCCUCAACACUACAAUAAGAGCGGAAUGCUAAGCCAACUUCUUCAGUCAAUUACACCAGUAGAAGAGCCAAAUGUAAUUAAAAAGGGAAGCACUCCUCAUGAACUAGAAAUGCAGAUACGCAAAUGCUUUGGUGGUAAGAAGUAUCUAAUUGUUUUGGACAACAUUACGAGCAAGGAAACUUGGAAGCAAGCUCGGAUUGACAUCAUAAGGUGUGUUGUUAAUAAUGGAUUAGAUGGAAGUUACAUAUUACUAACCACUAGACACUACUUCAGCCUAGAUGUCCACAAGAAAAGAUACCAUAUCCAUAAGAUGACUUUGCUAGAUCAAAAAGAAAGCUGGGAACUAUUUUGUAAUAUCCUUUCUAUUGAUGAAGAGCACUUGGCCCCUAAAUUUGAAAAAAUUAGGAACCAUGUUGUGGAGAAAUGUGAUGGAUUACCCCAGUUAAUUGUUGAAGUUGCCAAGCGUUUAUCUAAAUGCAAUAACAUACAACAAGGGUGGAAAAAGAUUGAAAAGGAAUUAGAGUCAUUGGGACUUCUAGAUCGCAAUGCACUCAGUAUUAGUUACAAUAUGUUGCCACAUCGUUUGAAAGUUUGCUUUCUAUACUUUGGAGUCUUCCCAAAACGUAAAAAAAUUCCGGUUAAGAUGCUUAUAAGGUUGUGGAUUGCCGAGGGAUUUGUGAAGCCAUGGAAACAUAAGAAGUUAGAAGAUGAAGCUCAUGAGUACUUACAAGAGCUUACUGAUAGAAGUCUUCUCUUAAUUGAAGAUCGAAAUUGUAACGGCAAAAUAAAGACUUGUAGAAUGCACAGUGCCUUACAUAGCUUCUGCGUAGGAGAAGCUCAAAAAGAAGGUAUUUUAUGUGCAGUAAAUACUCAGCAACAUUCAGGAUUAUCAUUAAAAGCAUUUACAAAUUCUUGUCGUUGGCUAAGUUCUUACUCACACAGUUUUGACUAUUAUGUGCUCUUUGGUACGAACAUCCCUCGUUCCAUUUUCUUCUUUCUUGAAAAUCUUGAAAUGUUUGUUCCUCCCAAGCUGUUAAGAGUUUUGGCUUUUGAUACUUCUAUAUCACUUCAAAGAGUGCCAGUGCAAUUAGGAGGUUUAGUUUUACUGAGAUACCUAUCCAUAACACAAUGGUUUGAGGAUCUGGAUGAUGUAGUGUCAAAUAAUCCAAAUUUAGAGACACUUGUUGUUUCCGGUAAUGGAGCACCAACAAUCCAUUUGCCAUCUAGUAUUUGGAAGCCACCAAACUUAAGGCAUCUCGAACUUGGCAAUUCAUAUAUGGUAGAUCCUCCAAGUGUGGCUAAAGAGAACUUACAAACAUUAUCUUGGGCGGUGAGACCAAUUAAUUGCAGAAAAAAGGUGUACAACAAGUUCCCUAACAUAAAAAAUCUGAAAAUUUUCCUGAAGGAUGACAUAGAGCCCAGUCACAUUGGAGGAUGUUGCAGCAAUCCUAUUAUUUUAGAUCGUUUUGACUAUUUGGAAGGGCUUGAGAAGCUUAGCAUUUUGGUUUCCAUUGGUUGCAAUGCAGCCCUUCCAAAACUGGCUAGGUUUCCUUCAGGACUGAAGAAGUUGAAGUUGAGUGGGACUAAUAUUUCUGAGGGGGAUUUAAAUGUAAUUGGCAUGUUACCCCAUCUUAAGGUGCUCAAGUUGGAAAAUGCCUUCCAUGGAACAAUAUGGAAAGUAGCUGAUGGAAGAUUUCGUCAAUUAAUAUUCUUACUCCUUGAAGCUAAAGAACUCAAGCAGUGGGAACAUAGCUGGAAUGAGUUUCGGAUGCUCAGACACUUAGUCUUAAGAUCCUGUAAUUCUUUGGAACAGAUCCCAAUUAGUUUUGCAGAAAUUUACACCUUGAGGUCAAUUGACUUGGAGGGGUGUAACUCUUCCCUUGUCAUUUCUGCCAAGCAGUUACAACAGAAGAGAAGAUCCAAGUAUUUUAAGAGUAUCCAGAAGUUGGUAAGAGAUGGUACUGAAACAUGGGCUCAAGAUCUAAUGUUGGUGACUGGGGCAAGCUGCCAAGAAAAUUGGUAUAUGCUAAUUGAAUAAAUUUCAAGCUAGAAAGCUGCUAGUCUCAAGUAUUGGAGAUGUAGAGUGUCACACUGGUUGGUUUGGGGCAGAUUGCAAUGCUCCCUCUGUUCUGUCCUCGACCACCCAAAGUAAACAUUCCAGAUAAUGUGAAUGCCACAGGGAAUCCUGUUAAUAUUGAAGUUGUGGUGGAGAAGAGAAGGCCACCCAUCCUUGUUUAUGAUUUGCCCCCAGAGUAUAACAGUAUUCUCUUGGAGGGAAGGCAUUUUAAAUUGGAAUGUGUAAACAGAAUCUAUGAUCCAAAUAAUGCUACAAUAUGGAGAGAUAUGCUGUAUGGUGCACAGGAGGAUGAAACUCAAAUACAGCAAACUCAAUCUGAGCUUGGAGACGCAACUGCAUGAUACGAGGCAGUCGGACAGUCGAUGGUCUCAACAAAGGCGUGUAUUAUUGGAUUUGGAUCAGAUACCCAACACUAUUACCCCACUAGGCAAAGGAAGUCAAACUCUGGACAAUCAUUUUCACAUGCAGCUUGUGAAGAACAAAUUAAGCAAUUAAAAAAAGAGAACAAGAGGAUCUUAGAGCAACAUCAGAGGAUCAUUGAGCACUUACAAAGGCUGGAACCACAUGUUGUUGUAUUUAGUGCAAAUCCGCAGUGCUUCCAAUCAAGUGAUAGAGCCGGCAGCCAUGAAAGCAGUGAUGUUGAGCUAGAUGAUCUUGGAUUGAAUGAUGGCACACAAUCUCCUUCGCAAGCACAAUAGAUCAAACUCAUCAAAGUUUCUAACUUUUUGUGAUGUUACUUGUGAAUAUAAAUAUAGGAAGUAUUUUGAAUUGUAAAGUAGCAUUUUAAAAUUGAAAAUUAGUUUUUUGGAGGUGGAUAUUAGAAUUGAUACAUUAUAUGUAAUUAAAAUUGCUAUUGAAAUCUAUAAUUUUUUUUUUA